AUGUUUGCAAAUCCGCCGGCGCUGGCAUACACGCACGCACGCAAAGUGUAUUUGUACGAUCGCCCGGGCGGUCGGCUUUUGACCCGCGCCGAGCUCUUCGAAAGGAUUAAAAACGAGGCAAGACACUGGGUCAACGUAGGCAUCACGCUGUUAGCCUACCGAACCCAAGCGGCCGGCGAUCCGGAAGGGAACCAGUGGCCGCGAGGCCUUGUGGGGGUCAUGGACCAGGCCAUUAUUAUCACUCACAUUUCUCAGUUGAACGGCAAAUUGUUCCGCUUGCACCUCGCUGUGUGGCCGCCUCGCAACCUGGCGCAAGUAGUCCCGGAAAGCACAGGAGCCACCACAACACCCGCCCCGCUGAGCAUCACGGAGCUUGAGCGAAAUGCCCUCCUCACGCUUACCGCCCUCGCAGAACAGAGGGCUCGCGCACGUGAGGCCACCAACCUUUGUUUCCGCCCACACCGACUAGUGGAGCUCGCCUCGACGAUUGAGUUGUAG